AUAAUUAUUCAACUAUAUGUGUCUGGAAUUAUAUCAAUCUCAGCUGUUAUUUACUUUUAUAUACGUUUUUUUUUAAAUUAAGGUUGUUGUGUUGAAAUGAAGGUGAUUUGUGGAGAGGAAUAAUUGUGGUUGGUGGGAGUUGUGAUUGAUCGGAGGCCUUCUAUUACGUCAGAUUGAUUGAUUGAUUGAUUGGGGUUUGCAAAUGCCGGAGGAAGACUUGGUAGAGCUUAAGUUCCGAUUGUAUGAUGGAUCCGACAUCGGCCCCUUUCGAUACUCGCCGGCCGCCACUGUGGCCAUGCUCAAGGAAAGAAUUGUUGCUGAGUGGCCCAAAGAUAAAAAAAUUGUGCCGAAGGCAGCGAAUGAUGUGAAAUUGAUAAGUGCUGGGAAAAUUUUGGAAAACAACAAGACCGUUGGCCAGUGCAAAACGCCUUUUGGUGACCUUCCAAAAGGGAUAAUCACCAUGCAUGCUGUUGUACAGCCGUCUUUGGCAAAAGCAAAAACAGGUAGUUUCCAUCUCACCUUAUACAUGUUUCAGUGA